AUGAAUCGUUACGAGUUCUACGAGCUCAAGUCCUGGAUGUAUUUGCCCGUCAUCUUCAUUGGUCUCCUCGGAAACUUUGGCUCAUUCCUAGUCUAUCGCACUGCUCCAAUGCGGAAAUCUACAGUAAUCGCAUCCAAAUCACUCCUCGUUCACAUCAUUUCUCGCUUCAGGUCGGCACCCUUUUGCUCAUUCUCUCACUCAUCGAUAUUCUCCUUCUCAUCCUGAUAACUCCUAUUUUUGUUCUGGUCUUUCUGCCACUCUGGUGAGUCCCCUGAGAAUUUCCUCCCGAAUCUUGCAGUUCGUAGAUCAAACAACAUGUUUCAGGCAGAACCAAUGGCAGAAAUACUCGUUUCACAUGAGUUUCUUCGCCUACAGUACUCGAUACGUGUAUCCGUUGUGCAUGAUGACAAAGUCAUGCAGUUUGUACCUCAUGGUUUUGAUAACCAUCGAACGAUGGAUUGCUGUGUGUAGGCCACUGCAGGUAGGAUGAACUGGAAACGGCCAGAGAGCACAUAUCGUUGAUUUCCAGGCAAAAGUAUUGUGUACAAAUCGGAACACUCUGAAAGCGGGAAUCUUCAUCAUAAUCUUCUCGAUUGUGUUCAAUUUCCCGCGGUUUUUCGACUACAAAAUAGGGUUGGUUCUCUCUUUGGACCAUAACAAAGUCUGACUCUUUGCUCUUUUCAGAGAUGGAUACCUUUCGGAGAUGUGGAUGCUGGACACCGAGAAACACUGGUGGUACUUCAUGUUCUACUUCAUAAUCCUCUCCGUCAUCUUUGAUUACUUCCUUCCGUUUCUGAUAAUGACCAUCGCCAACUAUCACGUCAUCAGGGCUCUCCAGCAGAGCGACGAAGUUAUAACAGGAUUGGCUGUGCAGAAAAGGAAGGAUCAGAAGACGACUGUCAUGCUACUCGUCGUCACUAUCUUCUUCGCGUUCUGUCACCUCUUCUCAAUGUUCCUCAAGGUCGCCGAGAGUAUAUUUGGAGGGUUCUUAACUCAAACAGUAAGUCAGAAAUCCGUUGUUGAUUCCUUCAACAUUCCUUUCCUUCUAGAGCUUCUACUGGGAAGUGUUCGCCGAGUUCACCAUUUUCCUAAUUAUCUUCCACACUUCAAGCACCUUCUUUAUCUACUACGGCUUCUCCGAGAAGUUUCGAACAACAUUCCAUGAUAUCAUCAGGUGAGUAAACAACCCUAAAAAAGAAGAGGAGGAAGACGUCUCGUCUCCCGGUUUGUGACGUUUCACUCGAAGCGACAGAUAAGAUCAAGUCGUGCACUUUUAUUUCACCAAUAUCUUUUGCAGAUGUCGUCAGAGACUAGACGAUGUCAAGUGUUCCACUUACUUGCCCGUCAAUUCGUCUGGAGUCAUUUCGGAGUCGAAGUCUCGCAAGUCGCCUGCCAACCUCUGA